AUGUAUAGUGAAAUACAACUCGGAAUUAUUUUUGUGUCCUUAGGUUUUACUUACAGUCAAAAGACCACAAAUAAUUCGGAUCGAAUCAUCCUUUCCGACCUGCAGAAUAGGGUGAACUUAUUAGAACGGUUUAUUGGGAGAUUCCUGACUGGGAAAGACAAUUUUAACAUCUCAAACAUUAACGCAUUAAAGAUUCAUCACAAGGGCAUCCCUACUUUGAACACUUCAGCGGUAGCUUUCAGUGCACGGUCCGGUGAUAAAUCAGGAAUCAGUGUUGGGUUCAUACUAAAGUUCUCUCAUGUCAUCACUAACCUUGGAAACCACUACAAUCCGACGGACGGAAUCUUCAUCGCACCUGUUCAUGGACUGUACAUGUUUCACUGGACAAUGAACUGUUAUACGUCUGGGAGUAGCCACUGUGGCACGUCUCUUAUGAUCAAUGGGGCUGAAAAAGUUGCCAUAUUUUCGGGGGAAGAUGGUAGUGGUUAUCAUCAUACCGGUUCAAACUCAGCAAUUCUAGAGGUUCAGGAAGGAGAUCAUGUGUGGAUUCAAACUCGAUCUUGGUCAAACGUCCGAAUUUAUGAUUGGUCUUCUUUUUCAGGAUGUCUCAUGUCAAUUCUGUAAUGAAACAUUUUAUGUAUUCACA